UUGGCGCCAUAAUCUAACAAGACUACAAAAUGAUGAAAAUUUUGAGAUUCUUGUCUAUACUGGAGCUCUCAACUACAGUUUCCAGGAAUAAUCUAUUCAGGCUCCAUCAAAGAUUUCAGCUUUUCACUCUGUCGUUUGACACCAAGUCGUAUAAGCUUCAGAAAUCCAAGAAAACCAGAGAGAGUGAAGCCCAUAAUCUUAAUUCGCUCUUCAAUGAAAUCCGGGAUAUUUUGGAGUCAGGGAAUGUGAGAAAGGUUGAAAAGCAAUCUGGGUUCACAUUACCAGGAAGAACCCAGCCUGAGAACGUGGGGGACAUUGUACAAAAAGCAGCUUGCACACUCGAUGUUUGUGGAAAUGCCGAGGAGAAUGAGGAAUUUCUCUCUUCAAAUGAUAAGCAAAUGGGUGUUUUGGGUGCAUUAGACGUUAGCCCGAUUGUUCAUAAGAUUACUGAAAUUGUUAGGGACGAAAAUGAUGCUGUGUCUAUGGAAGAGAGGUUGAAAAAUGCGAGCUUGGAGUAUACUCAGGGAAUUGUUGAGAUGGUACUGAAGAGGUGCUUCAAGGUUCCUCAUUUGGCUUUGAGGUUCUUCAAUUGGGUGAAAUCAGUGGAAGGGUUUAGUCACAGUACUGAGACAUAUAAUGUGAUGAUUUACAUGGCUGCAGAGGCGAAGGAUUUUGGUCUGGUUGAUAAAUUGUUGGAGGAAAUGGAGAACAAUUCUUGUGAGCAUAAUCUUAAGACAUGGAGCAUUAUCAUCUCCCAUUGUGGGCACGCGAAGUUAAUUGGCAAAGCCCUGUUAGUCUUCGAGAAGAUGAAGAAAAAUGGCCCCGAACCAGACACAUUGGCGCAUAAACUUAUGUUGAAUGCACUUUGUAAUGCAGGAAAGGCAGACAUUGCACUUGAAUUCUACAAGGAGAUGAGCCACCAAGGCAUGGUGUUGGAUGAGCGGUUGUUUAAAAAGUUACUUAAAUGCUUGGCGGUUUCUGGAGAUAGCGUUGCAGCUCACAGGAUUUGCGAUGAUAUGAUGAGCACUUUAGAAAUCUCAGAACAUGAAGUCUAUGGUUUCAUGCUUAGGAAUCUCUGCAAUGCAGGUAGGAUUCGAGAAGCGUUAGAAUUGAUUCGCGAAAUGAUGAAGAAAAACGUAAGCCUUGACUCCGAAAAUUUUGAGGCGUUGGUGAAUGGACUGUGCAAGGCAGACAGGAUUAACGAUGCAUUGGAGAUUGUUGAUAUCAUGAAGAAAAGAAGUGCAGGUAAUGAGAAUCUUUACAAGAUUAUAGUUUGUGCAUUCUUGAGCAGAAAUGAGCUUUCGAAAGCACUUGAUCUAAUGCAAAGCGUUAAAGAAUCAGGACAUUUACCCACAACAGCUACCUAUACUGCUUUGAUGCAGCGCCUUUUCAGGGCAAACGAGUUUCAGAAAGGUGUGGACCUCUAUCACGAGAUGAUGGAGAGAGGAGUUCGAUUGGAUUGUAUGGCGUUCACUGCUGUUAUUGCUGGUUACAUUCGCCAAAACUGUGUGUCUGAAGCUUGGGGGGUAUUCAAGAGCAUGAAGGAGAAAGGUAUUAGCCCAAGUAGGAAAUCUUAUAGCAUAUUCAUCAAGGAGCUUCUUAAAGUUUCUGGGACCAAUGAUAUUCUGAAAUUCAUGAAGGAGAUGAAGGACUCUAAAAUGGAACCUGGAGAUGAUAUCUUCCAACAGGUUACAUCUUAUUUGAGGAGGAAAGGAGAGAUGAAUAAGCUUAAAGAGAUAGAACAGAUGCAGGGGGUAUCCAGUCUGCUAGAGGCUCGUGUCGAAUUGAACACAGCAGAAUUAGGGCCAGCAUCGAAAUCCUGUCAUCAACAUGGUGUUUGCGAGAUCAGUCAAAUUCUGUCGUCCUCCAUGGAUUGGUGUUUUGUAAACGAACAAUUGGAGAAAUGCAGUAUACGAUUUACACCAGAACUUGUAACUGAGAUCUUGCGUAACUCCAGACUGCAUUCUGGUAUAGCGUUACGCUUUUUCUCAUGGGCGGGGAAGCGUUCUGGUUACAGACACACAACAGAAUCCUACCACAUGGCAAUCAAGAUUGCGGGACAAGCCAAAGACUUUAAAGAGAUGAGAAGCCUCUUUUAUGAAAUGAGGAGAAAACGCUGCUUGAUAACGUGUAAUACGUGGACAAUCAUGAUAAUGCAAUAUGGUCGAACAGGCCUCACAGACAUCGCUCUCAGAACUUUUCGAGAGAUGAAAGAUGGCGAUCACAGACCUACUGAAACUACAUAUAAGUUUCUGAUCAUAUGCCUUUGUGGAAAGAAAGGUAGGAACAUUGAUGAAGCAAUAAAGCUAUUCCACGAGAUGAUUGAAAUGGAUUGCAGACCCGAUAAAGAGUUAGCUGAAGCCUACCUCGAUUGUCUAUGUGAAGCUGGAAAAUUAGGCGAUGCCAGAAGCUGUAUCGAAUCCUUACAGAAAACCGGUUUCAGCAUUCCUUUGAGUUAUUCCUUGUAUGUCCGGUCCCUUUGUCGAGUGGGGAGGUUGGAAGAGGCUUUAGGAUUGAUUGCCGAAUUUGAUGAUGAUCAGCACACCCUAGCUCAGUACACACAUGGAAGCAUAAUUCAUGGACUUCUGCAAAAGGGAGACUUAAAAACAGCAUUGGCAAAAAUAGAAUCCAUGAAACAGCUCGGCAUCCAGCCUACUAUACAUACAUAUACGUCUUUGAUAGUCUACUACUUCAAGGAGAAACAAAUCGAGAAGGUCUUGGCAUGCCUCGAGGAGAUGAAAGAGUCGGGUUGUGAACCAACGCUUGUUACUUACUCUGCACUCUUACGCGGCUAUAUAAACACGGGGAACGUUACUGAUGCAUGGAGCGUUUUUCAGCAUAUAAAGCAGAACGGUCCUUUCCCCGAUUUUAAAACGUAUUCAAUCUUCAUAUCUUGUCUUUGUAGGAUAGGUAAGUCUGAAGAAGCCCUCCAACUUAUUUCUGAAAUGAUGAACACUGGGAUUGUUCCCAGUGCAGUUAAUUUCCGAACAGUUUUUUAUGGUCUCAACAGGGAAGGGAAACGGGGUUUAGCACAAUAUGUAUUACAGAAAAAGUCACAUCUUAAAAGGAUGAGAAAAUUAUCAAUUUGAAUGUUAUUCGUUUUCUAUAUU